GCUUCAGCCAAUGAGCGCGUGGCCCCGCAUCCGGGGAUCCCGGCGCGGCCGCCGCCUCCCGCGCACACACGGCCAUGGCGGAGGCCUCCUCACUGGAGAGGCAGAGCCCUGGUGCGGCCUCCUGCCUGCCUCACAGUCUGUGCCCUGGGGAGCCCAACUUGCAGACCACAGCAGUGGUGUCCAUGGGCUCUGCGGACCAUCAGUUCCACUUGGCGGAGAUCCUGUCGCAGAACUACGGUGUCCGGGAGGAGCACGAGGGUGCAGCACGGGGCCCAGAGAAGCCGGAGGAGGAGCUGGAGAAGGACUUCGUCUCCCAGAGCAGCGACAUGCCCCUUGACGAGCUAUUGGCCUUGUACGGCUACGAGACCUCGGACCCCAUCUCGGAGCGGGAGAGCGAGGGCAGCGAUACCGCAGCCCACCUGCCCGACAUGACCCUAGACAAGGACCAAAUAGCGAAGGAUUUGCUUUCAGGGGAAGAAGAGGAAGAAACACAGUCCUCAGCCGAUGAUCUCACCCCAUCUGUGACCUCUCACGAGGCCUCCGACCUUUUCCCUAGUCAGAGUGGAUCCUGCUUCCUGGCUGAUGCAGACAAGGAGCCUGGCUCCUCCAGCUCAUCAGACGCUGAGGAGGACCCGCUUCCUGCCAACAAGUGUAAGAAGGAAAUCAUGGUUGGGCCUCAGUUCCAAGCUGACCUCAGCAACCUGCACUCGAACAGGCAUGGUGAGAAGAUCUACGAGAACGAAGACCAGCUGCUCUGGGACCCCAACAUCCUUCCCGAGAGGGAAGUGGAGGAGUUCCUGUACCGGGCGGUGAAGCGGAGGUGGCAUGAGAUGGCCGGGUCUCAUCUUCCGGAGGGAGAGGCCGUGAAAGACAGUGAGCAGGCCCUGUACGAGCUGGUGAAGUGCAAUUUCAAUGCGGAGGAGGCCCUGCGGAGGCUGCGGUUCAACGUGAAGGUGAUCCGAGACGGGUUGUGCGCCUGGAGUGAGGAGGAGCGUCGCAACUUCGAGCAUGGCUUCCGCGUGCAUGGCAAGAACUUCCACCUGAUCCAGGCCAACAAGGUGCGCACGCGGUCAGUGGGCGAGUGUGUGGAGUACUAUUACCUGUGGAAGAAGUCCGAGCGCUACGACUACUUCUCUCAGCAGACACGGCUAGGCCGCCGGAAGUACGGCCCGUCAGGAAACACGUGUGUGCCAGGUGCCCAUGGAUGCUGGGAGGGCACUGGGCCUGAGGCAGCCCCAGCCCUCACCCCUUCUCCCCGUAGGGAUGCCGACCAGGACCUGGAGGGCAGUGACCCUGAUGGCCCUGGCCGCCCCCGCUCAUCGCCACCCCUGCCCUUGCCUGCCGCUGCCCACGGCCCGAGCCCUGAGCAUGACCGCUUGGCCCAGAUGCACGUGGAGCCCCUGAGCAUGGGCAGCAGCAUGUCCCGGAGUCUUGGCGAGCCUGGGGAGGCCCUUGACGUACCCCCAUCCUCGGAGCCAGGGCCUCGUUUGUUGCCGCCACUGGACGAGCCCUCAGCGCUGCCGUUGCCUCGGCGGCCCCCAGCCCUGGCUGAGCCGGCCUUCUUCCCGCCCGCCACGGCCGCUCCAGAGCCCAGUGCCAGCCCAAGGCUGGCUGUGGACUUGACCCUGCCUGAGGAGCUGCCGCUCGUCUCCAGCCACGAGGACACAGAUGGAGAGCCUGAGGAGACCGUGGGCCCUCCGCAAGUGGCCUUGUCGGUGGCCGAGUUUGGACUCAUCGGCAUCGGGGACGUGAACCCCUUCCUGGCCUCCCACCCUGCAUGCCCAGCCUCUGGGCUGCACUCGGAGCCCCUGUCACACUGUAAUGUGAUGACCUGUUGAUCCCUGGCCACAGGCGGGCGUGUAGCUGGACUGGACUUGGGGCCACUGCGAGGCCUGCCUGUCAGUCUUCCCAACCCCUCCUUUUUUUGUGGGCCUUGGGUGGCAUCUCUUCUGCUCAGAACUCUUCAAGGACCAGGGUGAGCGGGGCCCUCCCAUGCCACACACCACGUGACCCAGGCUCCACGCCCACCCUGGGAUCCAUCAGCCGGCCGGGCCUGGAGGGCCGGCCUGUCCAGCAGCAGAGGCCCCUCCAGGGACAGGGGAGACAGGCCGGAUGCCGCACCACCAGCAGCCUCCGCCGGGCACCCUCAGCACUCUGCUCACUCGUCUCUUGCGCCUGGCUGGACUAUGGGCCGCCCUGGCCCAGGCUUGGGGCAGCUGCUACUCGGUGCCAAACCCCGUGGGGCGCAGAGCCAUAUACCUCGACGCUGGCCCUGCCCUGCUGUCCGCCCGCUCUCCACUUCAGGAAAAGCUGCACUUUACGCACCCUACCCCCACCCCCUGGGUCCUUGGCUGCCUCGGGUGUGGGUCUGAGGACACGGGACUCACACCCCUCGGCACUGAGGCCCUUUCCGAGCUGCACCGGGGGCCCGGCUCCAGCCCAUUUCCCUGACCAAGGAGGUUGUGUUUUUGUUGAGGUCCCAGCAGGACUGCUGGGGUCCUGGACCUUCUCCUCUCCAGCCGCCUUGUUUUAUUUAUGUUUCUGUUUACAAAUGGGAGUGGGGUCCUCCAGGGGCAGGGCAGCGCUCCCACCCCGUGUCACCAGGGGGGCUUUGGCUCGAGCCAUCCACAGGGCUGGACUCGACCUUCCCUUGCCCCACCAAGGACCACACUGUGAAGUGACACUGCCUUGACCCCCUUGCUGUUUUAUUUAUUAAACUUGGUUUGAAGCCCUG